AUGUCAAAAGCUGUAGGUAUUGAUUUAGGUACCACAUAUUCCUGUGUAGCCCAUUUUGCCAAUGAUAGAGUGGAAAUCAUUGCCAACGAUCAAGGUAACAGAACGACGCCAUCAUAUGUAGCCUUUACAGAUACUGAAAGGCUGAUUGGUGAUGCUGCUAAGAACCAGGCUGCCAUUAAUCCAAGUAAUACUGUCUUUGAUGCAAAGCGUUUAAUUGGACGUAAAUUUGAUGAUCCUGAGGUCAUUAAUGACGCCAAGCAUUUCCCAUUCAAGAUUAUUCAAAAGGAAGGGAAGCCUGUCAUUCAAGUUGAAUAUAAGGGUGAGACUAAGUAUUUCACACCAGAAGAAAUUUCAUCCAUGGUUUUAAUAAAGAUGAGAGAAACUGCUGAAAACUAUUUGGGAACAAAGAUAAAUGAUGCUGUUGUGACCGUACCAGCUUAUUUUAAUGAUUCUCAGAGACAGGCAACUAAGGACGCUGGUACAAUUGCCGGCAUGAAUGUGUUGCGUAUUAUUAAUGAACCAACAGCUGCUGCUAUUGCUUACGGGUUGGAUAAAAAGGGUAAAGCCGAACAUGAUGUCUUGAUUUUUGAUCUGGGAGGUGGUACUUUUGAUGUGUCCUUGUUGUCAAUUGACGAAGGUGUUUUUGAAGUUAAGGCAACUGCAGGUGAUACCCAUUUAGGUGGUGAAGAUUUUGAUAACAGAUUAGUUACUCAUUUAGCUAAUGAGUUUAAGAGGAAAAAUAAGAAAGAUUUGACAUCUAACCAGAGAGCUCUAAGGAGAUUAAGGACAGCCGCUGAGAGGGCAAAGAGGUCCUUAUCAUCUUCCUCCCAAACAUCAGUAGAAAUUGAUUCCUUGUUUGAAGGUGUUGAUUUCUAUACGUCCAUAACAAGAGCUAGAUUUGAAGAGUUAUGUGCAGAUUUGUUCAGAUCAACUUUAGAUCCCGUCGAAAAAGUCUUGAGAGAUGCAAAGUUGGAUAAAUCUCAAAUCGAUGAACUUGUUUUGGUCGGAGGUUCUACUAGAAUUCCAAAGAUUCAGAAAUUGGUGACUGAUUUUUUCAAUGGUAAGGAAUUGAAUAGAUCGAUUAAUCCUGAUGAAGCUGUUGCAUAUGGUGCAGCCGUUCAAGCUGCUAUUUUAACGGGUGAUCAAUCAACCAAGACGCAAGAUUUAUUAUUAUUAGAUGUUGCCCCAUUGUCGAUGGGAAUUGAAACUGCCGGUGGCAUCAUGACCAAAUUAAUUCCAAGAAACUCGACUAUUCCUACCAAGAAAUCUGAAACAUUUUCUACUUAUGCUGAUAAUCAACCAGGUGUUCUCAUUCAAGUCUUUGAAGGUGAAAGAGCAAAGACAAGAGAUAAUAACUUGUUAGGUAAAUUCGAAUUGUCUGGAAUCCCACCAGCACCAAGAGGGAUUCCUCAGAUUGAAGUCACUUUUGAUAUUGAUGCAAAUGGGAUCUUGAACGUUUCUGCAAUUGAGAAAGGUACAGGUAAAUCAAACAAAAUUACUAUUACAAAUGAUAAAGGUAGAUUAUCAAAAGAUGAUAUUGAAAGAAUGGUUUCAGAGGCAGAGAAAUAUAAAGAGGAAGAUGCGAAGGAGGCCGAACGUGUGCAAGCUAAAAAUUCUAUAGAAUCUUAUGCUUUCCAAUUGAAGAAUACCGUCAACGAGGCAAGCUUUAAAGAAAAAGUGGGAGAAGAUGACGCCAAAAAAUUACAAGAAGCAGCCCAAGAAACUAUUGAUUGGUUAGAUGCAUCCCAGGCAGCUUCUACAGAAGAAUACAAAGAUAGACAAACCGAGUUAGAAGGUAUUGCCAAUCCUAUCAUGACAAAAUUCUAUGGGGCAGCUGGCGCAGGCGCUCCAGGUGGGGCUCCUGGAGGUGGCAUGCCUGGUGGAGCUCCUCCUGGUGGUCCACCAGGUGAAUCAGGACCAACUGUAGAAGAAGUCGAUUAG